UCGACUUUGGUGAAGAUAGCGAAGGAACUAUCAAGAAAAAUAUUUUAAAAAGUAUGGGGAAGUCUUGGAAGAAAACAAGGCUGAGGUUGUAUAAUGCUUUUUACGAGCCAACAUUCACGACUGAACAAAAUAUUAAGCAUCGUCCGUCGGGAAUCGAUUGAGAGCAUUGGAGAUGGUUCCUUGACUAUCGCGCCAAAGCUAAGACGAAGAAGAAGUGUAGGAAAAACGCGAAGAAUCGAUCAAAACAACUAUAUACCCACACUGGCGAUUCGAAAAGAUUUGCACGGCGAAUGGAAGAAGAGUCAGAACAACAAGGGAGAAGAGUCGGUAGAGGAGAGUUAUGGAUCACAGUGCACAAAAAAAAAGAUGGCUCCUAUAUCAAUGAUGAAACAAGAGCAAUUGGUGAAAGAAUUAAGGAGAUUGAGCAACAGGAUGAGUCAUCUAAGGUGUUGUCUCAAAAUGAUUUCAUUGCUCAGGUUUUCGGAAAAGAGAAACCGGGUAGAGUACGUGGUGUGGGUUUUAGACCGACUCCUAGUCAACUCUUCGGUUCGAAUUCACAUGCGCCUAGCAACGGAGUCCAACUAGAGGAGACCCAGAGGAAGAUGCUUGAACUGCCGACAAAGUUGGAAGGUGAGAAGUUGAAGAGGAAGGUGAUGGAGGAUGAGGCAGCAGCAAAGAAGAAAAAGAUGAAGGCGAUGGAAAGUGCUCUGAUUUAUCUAUUUCAACGGCAAGGUGAGGAGCUCCCACCAGACAUCGCUUCAGGGAUGAGUUUUGUGGAAUGA